CAAAAACUUUGAGUCUCACGUCAUGUUGUCUUUUGGGAACACACUAUGUUUUCCUCAUUAUCAAACUUCCAGGAGUUAUCUUUUGAUCAACUUCCACUUUUUACUAACCUUUCUAUUGAGCUAUUUCCUAAUAAUUCUAAUGCAGAUACAUUUGAUGAGCUCCAUGAUGCUUAUCCACAUGCUUCACUUGGUUCUAUAGAAGAUGUUCUACAAGUUGGUAAUGUAUUAGACAAUGCUGAGUCUUCCUCCCUUACCUCUUAUGUAUCACCUAUUGGAUCUAACCCUGUUGAUCUUAGGCCUGAAAAUGAGAUUCUUAAUCCACCUUCAAGUCAUCCUACUCAGGAAUAUGGGAUUGAUUAUGAGGAAACCUUUGCACCUGUUGCUCAUCCUACUUUAGUUCGUAGUUUGAUUGCUAUUGCUGCUGCAAAAAGAUGGAAAAUGUUUCAGAUGGAUGUGAAAAAUGCCUUUCUAAAUGGUGAUCUUGUAGAAGAAGUUUACAUGAAACCACCUCUUGGACUUAAGCUUCCUCCAAACAAAGUUUGCUAAUUGAAGUGAGCUUUGUAUGGUUUGAAACAAGCACCUCGAGUGUGGUUUGCGAAGUUUAGUACCACCAUUAGUGAAUUUGGUUUUACUUUUAGUGUUGUACCUAUGAUUUUGAUGAUUACAAAACACAUUUGAGUGACUAAUUGGUUUAUGUAAGUGUGUAGUUAAGUUGCUAAAAGAUUGCAAGUAAUACUUGGAUUGCACUAAAAAUAGACCAAAAGGAUUCAA